AUGGCAGAGGAAAAGAACAUCUAUUUAUUUGUCGAGUGGAUAUUCGUGUCCUUUUCCGUUCAUAUCUCACAAUCGUUUGUAUUAUUCGUCGUUGUCAACUCUCUUGUCCCAUCUCCGCUUCUCCUAAUAACCUCCCGCCCACCCGCUCGUCGAUUCUCAAAUAUGAAUAUUGCCUCCAGUUCGCAUUUAGCGUCAUCUAGUUUAGGCAAACACGGUCUUUUUUGUAUACACUCCCGCUCUCAUUUCCUUUCUCUCUCUUUUUCCUCUAUUUCUCUUUCUCUCUCUCUCUCUCUCUCCCCUUCUCUCUCUCUCUCGCUUUCUCUCUCUCCCCCUCUCUCUUGCUUUCUCUCUAUCUUUCUCUUUCUCUCUCUCUUUCUGCGCCAGAAUUUCAGAGCCACAGAUUACAUGCGUGACAUUCUCUCCCCAAAGUCGACACCUUGGGUCAUCAGUAGUGCUGGCUAG